GACACCGCCCACAAUUUUACACUAGGAAAAAUGGCGACGAGUAUUUUACGGAUCUCCCUGCGACCUAACAUCAGGAAUGCUGGACUACUGGCUCGUAACAAUGCUUCAAAAACAUCAUAUCUAAACAGGACAACGCAAACUCGGAAUGCAGUUUCGUCAUCAUCGGGGGCAGUCCUACCGAAACCAGAUAAAACACCCUUCGGUCUCAUCCGCAUGACUGCAGUGGUGGUGCCAUUUCUCUAUGUGGGAACUCUAAUCAGCAAGAACUUUGCCGCUCUCUUGGAGGAGCAUGACAUCUUCGUUCCAGAGGAUGAUGACGACGACGACUGAACUGACAUUGAUUUAUGCAACCUUGGGUGCAUUGUUGAGUCCAAGAAUAUCAUAAGGCAGAAGAAAAAUGAGGAAGAUGAGGCAUUUAUCCUUCCAGAUGCAUCCACCUACCUCUGCCCAUCUCUUUCCUCUGUCCUCUACACUAUCUGUCACCUUAACAUAUUUUACAAAUUCUCAUAUCAUGUGAGGCUUAAAUAAUUAAAAGCAUUCACUCUUGUUUGCAUCUUGUGAACUCAAUAAAGCAAGUCGAAAACCA